GCCCGCUUCUGCGACAUACGCCCGUUUUUGCGAUCGCUUCUGAGAAACAAAAAAAGAUGUUUGCGUUCAUUCUGCCCUUAAGAGCCGUGCAGGCCGUUCUUUCCAUAAUCGUGCUCGGACUUACCGCCUAUGUUAUUGACAGUUGGUGGUAUGGCUCUCCGGAUAGUGUCGACUUCAUGCUCUUCUGCUCCAUAUGGACCCUCCUGGCCGUUGGAUAUUUGAUAUUCGCGCCGACUCGGGCACCCCAUCUCGCUCACAAGUAUGCGAUCACUGCUGUUGAAGCUGUGACUAUGAUUUUCUGGUUCGCGGCAUGGGUUGCCGUCGCCGCUCUCUGGGGCGAUAUCCGGUGCGGAAGCGCUGGAGGUCCCUGUGGUGCUGGAACUGCUGCAAUUGUCUUUAGCGCCCUUAUUUGGCUUACCUUUGUGGCCACCACUGUCUUCGCCGGUCUUCAUAUCCGCAACACCGCGCGUAGUGACACCGCACCUCCUCCUGAAAUGCAGAUGCAGGGCGUCUAGUUGGUUUCCUGCGCCAGUAGCAAGAGAAGGAUAUCCCGUCCGAUUCAUGUCUCCAAUUCGGUGAUGGAGAAGCAGUACUGUUCCUGUCUUGUUGGCGUUAUUGCUUGGGAGUCCCGUCCGAUUCAUGUCUCCAAUUCAGUGAUGGAGAGGCAGUACUGUUCCUGUCUUGUUGGCGUUAUUGCUUGGGAGAUACCCCCACUGGACUCGGUAUUCAUCGAAGUUGAACACCACGGA